AUGAAAAGUAGUAACGUAGACGAGAGCUUUAGCUUUAGCUUGCGCGAUUCCCGGAGGGAGAGCUUGCGCGAACGAAGUUAUCCCUCUAAGAUGAAAAUUUAUAACAAUAACUUAAAACGGAGCGGAGCGCCUAAAACAAUACUUUUAAAGAAAAAAAUAGGUGAUAUAGGAAUAACCAAAUAUUUACCUUCAUUUUCUAAAGAAUGAAAGAAUACUAUAUAUUCUUAUAAUAAAAAUACAUUAAAGAAUAUACCAGUUAAUGAUUUAAAUAUAAACAAAAUAAUAAAAGGUUAUUUUAAUUUAUAUUUUAAAGAUCAUAAAUAUACAGGAUCUAAAUUUAUAUUAUUAAAAAGAAGACGUAAUUUAUUAAGAAGAAUACAUGUAAGUAAUGCGGAAAUUAAACAUACUAAUAAUAAAGCAAUAAUUACGCUAUAUACUUUAAAUAGAGAAAAAAAUGUAUUAAAAAAAAAAUAUUUAAAAAUAAAUAAAAAAAUAAGUAAAAAAUUAAUAGCCAAACGUUAUUUUUUAUUAUAUAAAAAAAAUAUAAAAAAAAUUUAUAAAAUCUUAGGUGAAUAUAAAGAUCAAUAUAUAUUUAUUAGUGAUAUAAUAAGAAAAACGAAAUUUAUAAAGUAUAAACUAGAAUAUUUAAAUAAAUUUAUAAAAUUAAAAGAUCUUUAUUUAAAAAAAGUUUGAGGUGUUAUUCUUAACCAAUAUGCCAGAAAAUAUCUAAAAUACUUAAGAAAAUAUGAUUUAUUAUAUUCUCUUAACCAAUAUAAAUUCAACAGAUUGGUGUUUUUACCUAUAUUAAGUAAUAUAUUAAAUAAAAUUAUAGGAAAAAAAAUAGAAUAUAAUAUAAUUAAUUUAAAAUCUGUUGCAUAUCAUACAGAUCUUUUUACUAAUGCAUUAGCAUUAAAAUUAAGAAAAAGAAGAAUAAAUUAUAUAAAUUCUAUGUUUAGUAUUUUAAAUAGAGCAUAUUUACCUAAUAUUAACUCGAUUAAAGAAAGAUCUAGAAUAAAAGGUGAUAAAAAAAUGGAUCUAUUUCAAGGUAAAUUUAAAGAUUUAAAAAUAAUUUCUAAUAUGAAUGCUUCGAAUAUUCCUGCUUUGCAGGAAUUAGAAGCGCCCUCUUUAUCUAAACUGUUAGAUGGUGCAUAUCCUUCAGAUAUAAAUAUAGGUGGUACAGGUGAGCUGGCGCCUUCGGGGAAAAUCGCUGCGCAAGCUAAAGCUCUCGGAGAAAAUCGCGCAAGCUAUUUGUUCACGCAAGCGAACGAAAAUAUUCAUAAUACCAUUUAUAAUUCUAUUGGAUAUAAAAAUAUGGGAGGUAUAAGAUUAGAAGUUAAAGGUAGAUUAACUAAACGUUAUAGAGCGGAUAGAUCUGUCUAUUCAUUAAAAUGAAAAGGAGGAUUAAAAAAUGUAGAUUCUUCUUUUAGAGGUUUAAGUUCAGUUUUAUUUAGAGGUAAUUCUAAAUCAAAUGUAACUUAUUCAAUAGCUAAAUCAAAACGUCGUAUUGGAGCCUUUGCAGUAAAAGGUUGAAUAGGCGGAAAAUAA